GACUUUAUUCUUAAUCUUGGAGGUAAGAAAGCAGCAUAAUUCCAUUUGUUGCUGAAUGCAAAGACCAUGCACCAAGCUGUAUACAGUUGUGCUUGGACCAGUAUUGUACACACUAACAAACUAUUUGCGUUUAUGCACACUCGCAACCCUUGGUUUUCUGGUGUGCAUUUUUUUCUGUGUUUAUAUUUUAGACCUGCGCAACAUCGAGUACAUACAGGAAAACUUUCCCGAAGGCUACAACAUGCUGCUGACAGGGCAUGGGCUGAUACAGGACAUCCGCGACUACCAGGGCGGCGAUAUGCCCCUCUGCGCGCUGCUGCUGAAGUGCUUCGAGUACGCGCAGGAUAUUGACAGGAUCAUACCCACUAUCUUGGAAGAGCUGUGCACCCAGGUCAGCGACCAGGAUCUGGGAAAGACUGACAGAAACCGUGGUCUGGCGCGUCUUUUGGCUGACCUAAUGCAGAACGCGUUCACUUUCGACGCUUUGAAGGCGUCGAUCCCAGCAAUCCAAAACGACCUGUCGUAUUACCGUCGCACGCACGCCCGCAUGGCAAAGUCCCAAGAUGAAAAUAUUGCGCGCAACGUCAUCCCGCAGGACGUCUCCAACCAAAUGUCGCUGUUCUAUGCGUACCACAACCCCAUGGUCAAGGCGGUAGUUGACUCGGCUAGCCAAUUUGCCAAGAGCUCGAGAACCGAGGCACUUGUGCUCAACAGCCUAUCGACGCUGGCAGCGGGCAGCUUCAAUACGCUCAAGCAGAGCAAGGCGGACAGCCCUGAGAGCGAGCAGCUGUGUGUAUUUGUCCUGGUCACAUGCUGUGUUCUGUACGACUGGAUCUCGCCUGAGGGCAUCUCCAACCCGCAAUCGACCAUCGACAUAAAGGCCGUCGCAGACACGGUUAGCGGUCGCAAGCUGGUGGAUACCACGACUGCCGACAACGUGCUCCGGUCCAACUGCAGGACAUACCGCUAGACUGGAUGUGUGAAUUGCCAAUCGGGGCCGGGCACGCGUGGGGGGAAGAAACUGGAGGCGGCGGAAUUAAUUAAUAACACAGCCAUAGCAGCCUAUCUGCCUGCCUAUCUGUCUGCAAAGACAGGCCCUCUGUCGACUGCGGUGGAUGGACUCUGGCAGUAACACCUUUAAAUCUGUAGUCCGGUUCAUCUCGGAGGCCGGCUGGUCUCUGGCCCUCCCACCUACUCGUCAAUGUUACUCUUAUUUGUGCCGCCGGCUGACUGUGUCCGUUUAGUCUGAUCCCUCGCUGUCUCCGACCAAUUCCCGCACUUGUCUACUUGCAUUCUGGCGUCUUCACAUUUUCACAGCCAAUUUGUUCAGUUUUUUUACUUCACCCUCGCCAUAUUCUUCUCGUAUCUAAUGCUUUAAUUGAUCCCCAU